AUGAACGAUUAUCAUCAAGACAAUAACAAGGCUCAACUUUCCAUCUUAGCCUUGACUGAUGAGUAUUGUAAAUUUAAAUUAUCUAAUGUGGAUACUAGUAUUGCUAAUGCCCUAAGACGUAUCAUGAUCGCUGAGGUACCUACUCUUGCUAUCGAUCUUGUUGAAUUUGAAAUGAAUAGCAGUGUUCUUCACGAUGAAUUUAUUGCUCAUCGUUUAGGAUUAAUCCCUCUUACAUGUUUAAAUAUUAAUUCUUUUAGUUAUACUAGUGAUUGUAGUUGUACAGGCCAUUGUGAAAAGUGUUCUGUUGAAUUAACACUCCACGUCAAGUGUACAGAAUCACACAGAGAUGUUACAAGUAACGAUUUAAUUUCUAAUAAUCCUUCUUGUGCACCUUGUACAUUAUCGGCAACUUCUCGUGAUAAUGAAAAUGAACAUAAUGGUAUUACAAUUGUUAAAUUGAAGAGAGGACAAGAAAUUAAAUUAAAGGCCAUAGCUAAGAAAGGUGUAGGAAAAGGUCACGCUAAGUGGUCUCCUGUUGCUAUUACAACUUAUUAUAUCGUUCCUGAUAUUAGAAUUAAAGGAUGUCAAAAUACUCCAGUCAAUCCAUCCGACCAAGAUAAUCAAACUGAAGUACCUGCUGCUGAUUGGAUUGGCAAAUUUAUUAACUCUUGCCCAACUAAGGUAUUUUCUGUAACCAAUGAUGACAGACUUAUCAUUGAUUUGGAUAAAUGCACCUAUUGUAAUGAAUGCAAAGACUUUGUCAACGAUGAAUUGAUACCUAAUACUUCACCAGAAUUCAAAGAUUUUGUAUCAAUUAAGGAAAAGGAUUUAGGAGGUAAACGUGAGUUUAUUUUCACAGUUGAAACAACAGGAUCGCAAACUCCAGAAAAUAUUGUAUUAUUAGGAUUUGACACUCUAGUUGGUAAAUUGGCAAAGACGCGUGCUGAGCUCAUCAAACUUCGUGCAACUCAUUAA